UUAUGAAGUAGCAGGGGAAAUAAUGUUAUGGUUGAGAGGGUCAACCACAAGAUGAGGAACUGCAUUAAGGGUUGUCGGCAUUAGGAAGGUGGAGAAACCCCGGUGUCGAGAGUGAGGCACUUUGGGUUUGGCUGCCUCUUGGCCUGGGCGCGAGGUCUUCCCAGCAGGAAGGUUCCCUGAGGCUGGGCUGAGGCUGGAAGCCCAUUGGCUGCUGGGAGCCAUCACCUGCCCGCUGGGUGGCUGCAGAGGGCAGAGGCCGGGCAGCGCGAGGCAGAGCAGCAGCAGCAGCAGGUAGUCGCGCGCUGGGAAAGAUGCCUCUGGGGCUGAAGGGCCGGCGGAAAGGCAAGUCCAAGGAGAGCUCCACGCUGGUGGACGGCGAGGCGCCCUUGGCCCGCGGGUGGCGAGGGGAAGACGAAGGCGGAGGGCUGGGGGCUUUAUCCAGCCCGGCCGCCGCCGCCGCCGCCGCCGCCGCCGCCGCUUCUUCCCGGCAGAGCCCCCUCCGGCUGGUUUUCCACACGCAGCUGGCCCACGGCAGCCCCACGGGGCGCGUGGAGGGCUUCGGCAGCGUCCGCGAGCUCUACGCCAAGAUCGCCGCCGCUUUCCACAUCGCCCCCGCCGAGAUAAUGUUUUGCACUUUGAAUACCCACAAAAUUGAUAUGGACAAGCUCCUAGGAGUUCAGAUUGGUCUUGAAGACUUUAUAUUUGCACACAUAAAAGGAAUAAAAAAGGAAGUGCAAGUUUUCAAAUCUGAAGAUUCACUUGGGCUUACCAUUACUGACAAUGGAAAUGGAUGUGCCUUCAUAAAGAGAAUUAAAGCAGGUAGCCUUAUUGACCAAAUAAAAGUUAUAUGUGUUGGUGACCACAUAGAAUCUAUCAAUGGAAAAAGCAUAAUUGGCUGUCGUCAUUAUGAAGUGGCUAAAAUUUUAAAAGACUUGGAAAAGGGACAGACAUUUACGCUAAAAUUAAUAGAACCAAUGAAAUCAUUUGAUAUGAUUGAGCCAAGAGCAAAGGGUGGAACUUUUGUAGAAGGGAAAAUCUCCAGAGGCAGAGAAACUCUUCGACUGAGAAAUAAAGGACCUGCUACAGUGGAAGAAAUGCCUUCAGACGUUGAAGAAAAAGCUAUCAAAAAAGUGGACGAUCUUCUUGAAAUGUACAUGGGGAUAAGAGAUCUUGAACUAGCUGGAACAAUGGUAGAAGCUGGAAAAGGCAAAAAGAACCCGGAUGAGUUUGCAGUUGCACUUGAUGAAGCUUUGGGAGACUUUGCAUUCCCAGAUGAAUUUGUCUUUGACGUGUGGGGGGCCAUAGGAGAUGCAAUGCAAGGCCGAUUUUAAAGAGGAUGUCAACAUUCUGGGGACAUGAAAUGUAUGGCAACAAACAUGACAUAAAACACAAAGCAAGUCCAAAGAAGGAGAAACUUUUGAAUAUUCAGAAGCUUGCAUCAAUAAUGAUACUGUUUGAAAAUGACACAGAUAUAUUGCAAAAUAAAGCUGGGUUUAGUACUGUACUCAUGUGAAGCUUUUAGAAUGCUACAGAAAUCAAUUUGAAAUAUUCAUGUGAAAUCUUCAAAAAGCUCCAAAUUAUUGGGGCUGUUACUCUGCCUUGGUACUUUUCUAAAGUCAUGUGGGCAGUAGUUCUAGAGGUUAUUGGUGACAGUCCCAUAAAAUAUGUAUAAUAUUUCCAAUCAAGAAAACAAUCUGGGAGUUUCUAUAUUCAAGGAAAAUGUUUCUGAAGAAUUAUAUUUUAACACAUAUCUGAUGUUUUGUUAUUUCCCUAUAGUAACUACAGUGGGCAUGAUGCUCUGUUUCCAGCAUUUAAUUCCUCUACAACAGGCUAUUAUAAUAGGGAAUGUGUGGAUAUUAAAGGAAUGUCAUAGUAUAGAUCAUGACUCGGGGGACAUAAAUCAGCAGUGGUGGAGUACACACUUUGAACAUGCUGAGGUAUUUGAGAAAAAACACAGAGAUCUGGGAAUGACAUGGUGUUUUGAUUUGAAUGCUGGGCUAUGGCUUUGGAGACCAGGGUUUGAAGUUCUGCUAAGCCAUGAAAACCCAUUGGAUGACCCUGGGCAAGUCACAAAUUUGCAGCCCCCGAAAACUCUGGUCAUUUUCACUUUAAGGCCACCAUACAUUGGAAAUUAUUUGAAGGCACACAACAAAAACAACAGGGUUCUUAGAGCAUUUCCACAUCUUUGCAUGCGUUUUAGGGGAAUAUUGCCCCCAAAUUGUUUCAAAAACAUUUUUGAGGGGGAUGGGGGUUUUGGAGGACAGAUGGACAGGGUUUUGUCACCACAAAUAUGGAGUUAAGGGGCUGGGCAUGGCCCAUUAUCUGCUCUACAACCAACUAGUAUUAAGUGCUUGCUCAGCCCCUGAAGCCUCCAGUUCAGCAGUUGCUAACCUUUUUCAGGUUGCGACCCCAUUUCAUAGAGGCAAAGGGACCCGUGACCCCUGAUACAUUAAAAAUAGGCUUUAUACUAGGGCAAAUGAAAACUCAUUGAAAAUAGAUUUUUCAGUAUAAUAUAAUUCAAAAUAAUGUUAACUUAUGACAUAUUUUAUGGAAUGAUUGAAACUGUAACUCAUUAACAAGCUUAAAAAUUCAAAAUUGAACUGAACCUGGAGCUCAGAACAAGCUAACCCGAUGAAUGAAAGACCGUUGUAUGUUUACGCAAACAAAUCUCUGUGCAGGACACAAUGACAUGAUUUUUUGUUUUCCCCUUUUAACAUUUUCAUAGCUCACCACUGCCUGGCAACCCCAAAGAAAACCCUUUGUGAUCCCAUUUGGGGUCCACUACUUUAGUUAAAGAUCUACAGAUGAGUUUGGAAUAUCUCGGAUAUCAAAAGCUGCUGUCAAUCAGAACAGGUAGUACUUAGAAUCACAGAGUUGGAAGAGACCACAAAGCCCAUCCAGUCCAACUUCCUGCCAUGCAAAACAAACAAACAAACAAACAAACAAACAAGCAAGCAAAGCACUUCUGACAGGUUGUCAUUCAGCAUUCAGUUUAAAAAUGUCCUUAGCAGCAGAAAACAAGCUGACUCCAUCUUCAAUAUGACAUCUUUUCAGAUAUUUAAAUAUAGCUAUCCUGCCUCCCCUCAGCCUUCUCUUAACAAUUUUUGGUAAAUUUACUAUCCGUUGGAAUAAAAUGAGAUGGCCUUAUUUUUAAAGAGUACUAGCCAAAGAAAGUCUUAACUGUGUUCUGUGCUUGUAUUUUAAUAUAUAAGAGCCCUCGAAAAUUGGCACUGCCCACAAGUGAUUCUUCAGUCAGUUUUCACAAUUCCCAGUUUUCAAAAGAAAAAAUGACCAAAGAAUAUAUCUCAAAUUUGAAAAUAUCAUUUGAUUUUCUUUUUAUAUAAAUACCAUUCCAAAUCAUACCUUACAAAUACAGUACAGGUAAAUUUAAUCAGGAGUGGGUGAUAUAUUUUCUUCCCAGUGUUAUAAGGCGGCAUCACAUAGUAUACUCCACUGCUGGCUAUAUUGUUCAAGGUCGAUGAAAUUGGCAAUCCAAUGAAAACCUUGUCUACUGUGACUUAGAUGAAUGUGUUGUUAUAAAAUAAUGUUGGAAAAACUCUAAUCUUGUGCUAGUUCUGCAGUACCAAUUCUUUAUGUCCCCUUUUUGUGGCAUCCCUCAGUGAUGAAGAAAAAUCAGUUUCAGAUGGCCUCAAAGCUCCUAGGAGCAAGUUGUUGGGAUGCACCGAGGGCUACAAUAGGAUGGUGUGAUCAACCAUUUCAAUUUGGACACAGUGUAAAAAAUCCCCAACUUUACCUCCUUUUUGCUAUUGUUUGUCAUAAAUCAUAAAAAAAGAUUUUUUUAAAAAAAACUGUAUUUAUUUAGUUUCACUUAUGUUUUGGGAGUUUGGUCAGGUGUUGCCGCUGAACUGCAGUGAAAGUUAAAGAAACUUUAAAGAUAAUUAUGCUAUUUUCCCUCACAAACUAUUUCUACUUAAGCAAGAGUUGAAUAAAAGCCUAUUUUUUAUGGUACUCCCAUCCAUUUUUACUUGCAAUGGACAGAAUCCGCCAGAGUGCUGUUACAGAAUCUCCCUAUUUACACCAGCAUUGGUAAUUCUCCAGGCAGCCUAAGAAAAAACUCUUCUGGAAGACUGAGAAAUCCCUGGAGCAGAACUUCGGCACCACGGAGGUUGUAACA